UGUAACACUGCAGACGCGUUUAACGGUAAAACGGUGGCCUUGGUGAAGCUUUCCUAUGCGAAGAAAAAGAAAAAGGUGUUGUGAACGUAACUACAUGAAAAAGGUGAAGUGGACGGGCAGCAGACGGUUUGUGGUUGUGUGUGAUUAGAAAAUAUAUGCAGCAAAAUAUUUCGAUAUCUAUAAAAACAAAAUAACUACUUGGCUGUAGUAGGCGCAUGCGCCACCGCAAAAGCCGCUGGUUGGACAGGAGGAGCAAUGCCUUAAACGCUAAAAGCGCGUACGUGACAGAAAUCAUUUCGGUGUGUGUGCUAAAGCUAAUUCCAACAAUACCCGCUUUACGGCGCAUGAACGUAACACCGCGAACAACCGUUCGUGACGUCGACGACGUCAAUCGAAAUAACAGUUGAUCGCGCGGUCGAGUGAAGUGAAAAAUACAAAUCAAGUGAAAUAAAAAGACUUAAGAAAGCGAAAAUUAUUUUACCCAACCGUGUGUAGUGAAAAGUGUCUGAGGUGCAAGGUGUAACAAAGGAAGGCCAGUAUAUGCGGCUCAUGUGCAUUGUAAAAAGCACCACAAGACGAAAGAAAAAGUACAUAUAUGUGCUAAAUAAAAUAAAAAACAGCAAUAUUCAUUGAAAACUACUUUGCGCUUUGAUAAUUCAAAAUGGUUAUUGGUCUUGGCACUGCUGCGGGAGUCAUCUUCAAGGCAAGCGCCGGUUCGAAAGCAGCCGUGACAGCUGGUGCCGCAGCGGUUGGCGCCUCCAAGCUGGGCCUUGCCAUUGCCGGUGCGAUCAAACUAGCCACCACUGUUAUUGGCGUGGGAAAAUUGGCCAUCUUGCCCUUUCUGAUAGCCGCCAUUGCCUAUUAUAAUUAUGAUCUCUUCGAUCCAGAGAAUCGCCCAUUCAAUGUGCCAGAAGUUUCGAUGGCCUACGACUUCAUUAUUGUGGGUGGCGGUUCUGCGGGUUGCGUAUUAGCUUCGCGUUUAUCAGAAGUGCCACACUGGCGCAUUUUGCUGCUGGAAGCGGGCGGCCAGGAAACGGAGAUCUCGGACGUACCUUUGCUGUCAUUAUAUUUGCACAAGAGCAAAAUGGAUUGGAAAUAUCGCACCCAACCGCAGGACACGGCUUGUCAGGCAAUGAAAGAUCGCCGCUGCUGUUGGACGCGUGGCAAAGUCAUAGGCGGCAGCUCAGUGCUCAAUACUAUGCUCUAUAUACGUGGAAAUCGACGCGACUUCGAUCAGUGGGCAUCUUUUGGCAAUCCUGGUUGGGCAUAUGAGGAUAUAUUGCCCUACUUCCGCAAGUCGGAGGAUCAGCGCAAUCCAUAUCUGGCGCGUAAUAAACGCUAUCAUGGCACAGGCGGACUUUGGACAGUGCAGGACUCGCCCUAUAAUACGCCACUCGGACCAGCGUUCCUGCAGGCCGGCGAGGAGAUAGGCUACGACAUUGUGGAUGUAAAUGGUGAACAACAGACUGGAUUCGCUUUUUAUCAAUUCAACAUGCGACGCGGCUCGCGUGCUUCCGCUGCUAAGAGUUUUCUGCGGCCGGCGCGUCUGCGAAAGAACUUGGAUGUGGCGCUUUUCGCACAUGUUACCAAAGUAUUGACGCAUCCGGAAACUAAACGUGCCAUCGGUGUACAAUUUAUACGGGAUGGGCGCUUGCAAACCGUUUACGCCACCCGCGAAGUCAUACUCUCCGCCGGCGCGCUCAGCUCACCGCAUUUAAUGAUGCUAUCGGGCAUUGGACCGGCCGAUGAGCUGCAACGCGUAGGCAUACCAUUGGUGCAGCACCUGUAUGGUGUGGGGCAAAAUCUGCAAGAUCACAUUGCUGUGGGUGGUAUUGCAUUCCUCAUUGAUUACCCAAUUUCGAUUGUGAUGAAGCGAAUGGUUAACAUUAACACGGCUUUGCGCUAUGCUAUCACCGAAGAUGGGCCGCUCACGUCCAGUGUUGGUUUGGAGGCUGUUGCUUUCAUCAACACAAAGUAUGCUAAUGCCAGCGACGACUGGCCCGAUAUCAGUUUCAUGAUGACCUCAGCGUCGGUUAUGUCUGACGGCGGUUCGCAGGUUAAGACCGCGCAUGGUUUAACGGACGAAUUCUACAAUGAAGUCUUUAGCGAAGUGAAUGAUCGCGACGUUUUCGGCAUUUUCCCCAUGAUGCUGCGCCCAAAGAGUCGGGGCUUUAUUAAACUGGCCUCGAAAAAUCCGCUGCGCUAUCCACUGAUUUACCACAACUACCUCACACAUCCAGACGAUGUGAACGUUUUACGCGAGGGCGUUAAGACAGCGGUCGCUAUGGGCGAGACGCAAGCAUUGAAACGCUUUGGCUCGCGGUUUUGGAGCAAACCUCUGCCGAACUGCAAGCAUCUGCCACAAUUCACCGACGAGUAUUGGGACUGCGCCAUACGCCAGUACACGAUGACCAUCUACCACAUGUCGGGCACUGCCAAAAUGGGUCCACCCAAUGAUCCAUGGGCCGUUGUUGAUCCGCAACUGAGGGUAUAUGGUGUACCAGGGCUGCGUGUAAUCGAUGCCAGCAUUAUGCCCACCAUCACCAAUGGCAACAUACAUGCGCCGGUGAUAAUGAUCGCCGAGAAGGGCGCAGAUAUGAUAAAAGAGCUGUGGCUUAGCAGUACACAGUGGCGUGCGAAGCGAAAGGCGAGGUCCGAGGUGAACCCUAUUUGCAAUAUAACCGAAGCGCUGGGGAGUACAGCGAAAAAGAGUGAAGAAAAAUGAAAGUUGAGGGCAAAAACUGAAAAAAAAGUAAAUGGAUACAACUUCAAAGCGCUGUAUUUAUGCAGGUACUGAAGGAAUUGGAUUGGAUUGGUUAUUUGGCAGCGGUAUCGUAACGUUGGGGGGUGUGAAGUAUGUAUGAAAGGCGAUCAGUUUACUUCGAUAAUCCAACCGCAGCUUAUUAUUAAAUCCAGCAUGCUGAGUGUACAUACACUUAAUCCUCAAAAGCUUCAAUUUAGUCACUAGUUAGUUAAUUACAUCAUAAUUUUAAAUGACAUAAAUUGUACAAGAUUUUUCACCAACUAAUUUAAUUGCCUGUAUUUUCAAUCUUGCUUUGUUCUUAGUCACAACUUUUUAUUUUAACUUUAAAUAAUUUAUAUUAUUUGCGAAUUAAGUACACACAUAAUUUUAGUUAGUGGCGAUUCAACAAAGAUUACUUGGUAAGUCAUUUUAUGCAUUGUACAUAUCGAGUCACAAUUUCGAUACCUAUAAGAUAAUGUGCUUUUAAGCCUAGUUUAUAGAUUAAUAAAUGAAACGUUUUGGAAGUAGCAUGUUUCUUUUUCAUUUAUUUGUCGUCAUUUUCUAACAAAUGAUGAUUUGCUACUCAUGAAGUACCUAGACCUUCCAUUUCUAUUUUAAAAUCUGAAAUUGACUUGUGGCUGGAAUUGACGGCUGUGGAUGGUUUGAAAUCAAAUAAUAUUUGGCUAAAUAGUUAGGGCCGAAAAAGCACACAGAAUGUGCUCCAACAUCUCUCUCUCCAGAUUGCGGCAAGUUAGAUAGCUAGAGACUUAUUUAAUUAAAAUUCUCG